UUUAGAUCCAUCUUGGAUUGUGCUUGCUUCUGCUCCUGUUCAUCCUGCCUUCAUUAGACGUGUAUAAUGCCAUGCGGAUCCAACCGAGUGAAAAAGUAAUGGUCCCUUAGAAGCAGUCACUUCUCAAAGGAUUUCCCAAGUAAAUUUUUAUUCGUUGGAUAUAAGUGAUCCCUUACAACCAAAAUGGACGCCGCGGUCGAUCUGCGACCUCCUGCUUACGAUGGCAAUGCCAUUGCAACUGCGUUAACGUCUUGGUUUUCACGACAGCAUGCGACAACAAGCACAAGCUUCGCAUUCGAAAAAACUUUGCCAUCCGAACGUGAUCGCAACUAUCUUCUGAAGAGGAUACUACAACACCAAGAAGCCCAAAGCCAAAGUUGUGUUGAAAAACAAGACCGCGUUGUUCUGAAGGUGUCGAAUCGUGGUGAUGAGUGGCGCUUAUUACGUGCCCAGACCGAGGCCAUGCUCUUCUGCAUGAAACGCGGAUGUCCGACACAGAGGUUGGUUACUUUUGAGACGGAAGGAGAUGUGGAAGACCAGAAGCCGGAAGAUUUCUUUCUAUCCCUGAACAGCAAACAACAGGCCUGCGCGGAAGACGCGGGCCUCGAUAGCGACUUGAAGUUCGAUCAACACUUGAACCACGACUCCACUUCUCGUCUCUAUGCCCGUCUCCUGGUUUUCGAAGAGGGAGAAGUAUUAGGGGGUAUAGAAGACGACGUGAAGAAGAAAUGCAAUCCCGACAUCUGGCAUAGCGCAGGCAAAAGCGUUGGUAUAGUAUCGAAGACAUUGAGGGAAUUCUAUGAAGAGAAGAAGAUGCGGCCACUACAGGAAGUCGAAGACUCAGUCUCAAUCUACUCAAGAUUCUGGGAAACCUUGAACAGCGACUUCGAGUGGAACCUGACGACUUUAGAGUCCACGUUGCCAAAGUAUCUUCCGCAUGUAGAGAAGGAAGGUGGUCGACUGGCUUUGGUGAAGCGUCUUUUCGAGGACCAUCUGGGAGAAUUUGGCACUUCGAACAAAGAGGACCGACCACCGGGGACCAACCUAAAUGCAAGGACAUUGGUUCACAAUGAUCCGAACGACAACAAUCUGGUCCUCAAACCAGGAGGGACCAGAACAAAUCAAGUCAUCGUGCUAGACUUUGGUGAUCUUGCUGUCUCCUAUCCGUUCGCGGACGCUGCCAUAGGUGCUGCUUACGCGCCUUCUCCUGCCUGUGCUGAUGCUUUUAUUGAUGGAUGGGUCGAAGAGGUGAAGAGCGAGGGAGGACAAGACGACAUACACAAGGACAUCAUCCAUCAUUUUGCUCAAAUGAGGAUGGUCACGAGCGUCUGUAUGAGCUCGUUUCAAGCCAAACAACAUCCUGAAGACGCUUACCUACAGUGCAGUGCGGAUGGCAUGUGGCAGAGUCUUGGGUGGACAAAAAUAAACCGUGAGGAUGUUUAAGAAUGCAGCUCAUGUUCACGACUAGAUGAAAUCUGCUUACACGCUGUUGCUGAGCAAUGUUUUUUGGCAACGCUUGUAAACACCAAUCCUGACGAUCGGGCUGCACGU